CCUGCACGUUCCCGAACAGGCCUCACACGUGCGGAUACCCUGGGCACUCAACGGCCUGGAUUACGCACUGAACUCGCCGGCAUCUGUCUUUAUUCUGAAAGUGAAAAAUAUUCCACGCACAUUUAACACUCGCGAUCCCAAGGGCAAGGGGCAACGCCACAUAUCAUGCGUGCAUUCGUAGUGGAAGCGAAAAAGAGAAAGCUAUGGUGACAAUCGUACCACCCGGAUCUACGGUGACUUUGAUCCCCUCCUUUUCUCCACCCUUGAAGAAAUUCCAUGCUCGGAUUCCUUUCCCGAAUAAGAAUAAUUCUUCGUGCUCUGAAUAACACGGGCCUGAAUAAAGGAGCACGGUCAAUAGGCAAGAUUUCGGGAAUUUCAAAAAUCAUUUCAGUUUUUUCAGAAUCCGCUUGAUUUUGAAUAAAUAUGUUUUUGUUUGGAAUUCGUUUUUACCUGGCUUGAAAAUUUGGGGUUUAAAGUAUUUCAGUACCCACCGUAAUAAUCAUUUUUUUUUGUAAAAUUACUCUGCGUGAUAGCUCAUUAAUCAGAUGAACCUUGAACCUGAUCAAUAUAUAAAAGACAGCAGUAGUCUCCUCUAGCAUGAGAAAAGUUUCAGGGUUUUUUUUUUGAUAUUUUUCACUAUUUAUUUCGAUUUACUGUUCACCGGUAGAUGAGCCCGGGCUCCAGUUGAAUUAUCGCCUCCGUGUCUACUUUUCUUCGUCAAUCGUCAAGCUCCAGUAGUACUUCACUAGUAGCUACUCUAGCUAGGAAGGUAGGUUAGUCACACGAAUGAUAUGAUGAUGAUCGAAGGCCAUAUGCCCAUAGAUAUGCGGGCGACAAGUCAUCACUGGUUAAGUGAGUGGGAAAUUGGCUGGGUUCCUCUUCCUGGAGAUACUCCUCGACUGGACCAGAAUAUGCGGCCGUUCAGUCAAUGGGAAAACACACAACUCGACUAAUAAAGCUGACUGAACUUUGGUUCGUGCUGGUUGGUCAUAUCUGCCUGCCUGACCUGUGACCUGGAAGCUAAGAUCAUGACUACACACAGCACCCGACAUGCAAAUGGAAUGGAAUGAAAUGAAAUCCGGCAUCUCGUCAACGUACUUAUUUGCGUGAACAGAGAGACGAUGAUACUCAUCUUGAAACGCAAGCGAGGGACGGCGGGAAAAGAUGCGAUGCAACUAGCGCAAGUGCGGUUGGAAUCCAUCAGAUCAGGUAUCCCUCCAGGAUCCAUCGCCAUGAUUGAUCUGGAGAAUGGUUGCACCCGACCGACUCGGUCAUAUAUCGCGCGUGCAUGUCUGCUUAGAUAUGCGUGCGUGCCAGCGCUAGCGCCAGUGAAACCACAUUAGUCACUAGCUCGCGCGCGCCGGCCGGAGACGAUGUCGACGUCGACGCCGACGACGGCGGAGCUGGCAUGGCGCUUCGCGGCCGCUCACGUCUUGCUGUUGUUACCGGUAGUCGUCGGCGGCAUCGCCUACCUCCUCCUCCGCGCCCUACGCGCUUCACAACUCCGGCAAGAAGGCAACAGCCCGCCGCCGGGGGGCAUCGGCGGCUGGUGCCGGGGCGCGGUCGGGGCGGAGACGCUGUCCUUCCUGGCGGACAACAGCAGCGGCAGGGGCUUCUACCACUUCGUCCAGGCGCGCGCGCUCCGGUACGGCGCCUGCUUCCGCACCGUGCUCUUCGGCCGCACCCACGUCUUCCUCCUCUCCUCCCGCGCGCGCGCCGCCGCCGCCAGCCUCCUGGCCGCCGACCCGCCCCACUUCGCUAAGCGCUACGUGCGCACCGUCGCCGACCUGCUCGGCGAGCACAGCCUCCUCUGCACCUCCCACGGCGCGCACCGCCGCAUGCGCCGCGCCGUCGCGGGCCUCUUCGCCGCCGCGCCCACGGCCGCCUUCGCCGCCGCCUUCGACCGCCUGAUCGCCGCCCGGCUGCUGGCCGACGGCUGCACGGGCCGGGCCGUCGUGCUGGACGCCGCGCUCGACGUCACCUUCACGGCCAUCUGCGAGAUGCUCAUCGGGCCACAGGAGGAUGCACAUAAGCUGGGACAGCUGCAGGCCGACGUCAUGGACGUAACGCAAGCCAUGCUCGCGCUGCCAAUCAGGCUGCCUGGAACAAGGUUCUACAGAGGCCUACAGGCAAGGAAGAGGAUCAUGGAUGUACUGAGGCAAGAAAUAUUCGUGAGGCGAGAAAAUGGCCUGAAACUAGAUCGCCGCGACGACUUUCUGCAGACCCUUCUUCUCAAGAGCCAUAUGGAUUCACCUGAAGAAGCGCUCACGGAUGAACAGAUUCUGGAUAACAUUUUGACACUCAUAAUUGCAGGGCAAGUGACAACAGCAACAGCAAUUACAUGGAUGGUCAAGUACCUGGGCGACAACACAGAUCUCCAAGAGAAACUAAGAUCAGUUCAGCUGGAUCUGGCAUCCAAGCACAAUGAUGCACCUCUUACCCUACAACAUCUGAACACCAUGGACUACGCAUACAAGACGGUCAAAGAAUCUCUGAGGAUGGCCACCAUAGUUUCUUGGUUUCCAAGGGUGGCACUCAAGGACUGCCAGGUUGCAGGAUUCCACAUUAAGAAGGACUGGAUCGUAAAUGUCGACGCGAGAUCCAUACACUAUGAUCCGGCCAUCUAUGACAAUCCGACGGUGUUUGAUCCUUCCAGGUUCAACGAUGAUAUGAAGCCAUACAGCUUCUUGGUAUUUGGAGCAGGCAGCAGAACAUGCCUGGGGAUGAACCUUGCCAAGAUUAUGAUGCUAAUAUUCCUUCAUCGCCUUGUCACAAAUUUCAGAUGGGAGAUGGCAGACCACGAUACAAGCCUUGAGAAAUGGGCAAUGUUUCCGAGGCUCAAGAAUGGCUGCCCAAUUCAGCUCACGCCGAUACGCAAGGACAAGAUGCACUGAUGACUGAUGCACAUCUAGUAAAUCUGUCAGGAUAUGCAUCCAAUUAUGAAGCUAUAUGAUUUUCCUUAGUUGUUACAUACUCCAACAGAUGAAACAAAUUCUUAAUUCCUUUUCUUGGAUGAGCCAAGAUCAAGCCUAGCUAGCUGAUAAUUUCAAAAUAAAGUCAAAUAGAAGAAAGGGACAAUGAAGUGCUGCUGGUCUUUGUGGUAUUUUAUUGACA